AACGAUACACGUAAUGAGACGAUGUUUCAUCAGAAACCGCGAAAAGUGAAGCCACCAGUUCGCGGCGAACGGAAUCAUUCACUCUUCUCACAGCUAACCCUGCAAUCAGCAUGACUUCAGCAGUGUCGAAAACGAUGAGUCCGCCGUACGGUACCGGAAGUGGUGUGACUGCCGCUGCCAUGCCGAAGAAACAUCUGCGCACUGAACCCGCCGGGCUCAAUCUUACUCUGGAGACCAUCGUUCGGAUUGUGUUGACCUGCAUUUACAUUGGUCUCGAGUUUCAGGCCCCGUUCGUGCGCAAAGUGCAACCAGAGGAACUGUGGAUGUAUCGGAACCCGCGCACCAACAGCUACGUCCCACUGACCAUGCUGUGGCCAGUGGUGCUUGGGGUUCCCGGGCUCAUCUUUUUGCUCUACUACCUACAGUCACGCGAUCGGCAGGAUCUCCGGUGCACCGUGCUCGCCUUUACGCUUGGGCUCGGUCUCAACGGAGUGCUCACCAGCACUCUGAAGAUUGUGGUCGGCCGUCCUAGGCCCGACUUCUUCUGGCGAUGCUUUCCGGACGGUGUGACGAACGAAGAGCUCCACUGUACCGGAACCGAUCAGUGGGCACUGGCGGACGGGCGCAAAAGUUUCCCCUCGGGACAUUCGUCCUUUGCCUUCGUUGGACUCGGCUUCCUCACCUGGUACCUGAUCGGGAAGCUGCACCUACUCAAUGAGCGUGGCCGUGGUCGGUCGGUACGAAUUAUUGCUGCCGGGUUGCCCUCAUUCGUUGCGCUUCUGAUUGCGAUCAGUCGAACGUGCGAUUAUCAUCACCAUUGGCAGGACGUUACGGUGGGCUCGCUAAUCGGGGCCGCCCUGUCCUAUCUUUGCUACCGUCAGUAUUAUCCCGACUUCAGCGAACGCAACUGUCACCUGCCCUACGGCCGACAGCCAGCGGAACCAAACUCUCCGACCCACUCGAGCACAAACCGUACCAUUGGUCUUAAACGGCCCGCACAGCAAGGCAUGGCCGUGGCGGCAUCACCGUCAAGCGAUGGCCCGUCCGGUUAUAAGACGCUACGCUCCACCAACGGUGUCGGCGACGAGGGAUCCGACAGCGAAACCGGGCACCUGCUGUCCCCAACCCCUGACCAAAAGGAAGCCAAGUGGAUCUAAUCCAUUCAAUCCCACACUGAACCGAACUGUGUUAUUACGUCACAAGCCAUCGGAAGCUGCAGAAUUCCAUUCCCUCCUUUCGGUCCCGCAUUGUUCCGAAUGUGUAAACGAAUUUUAUUUUUACUAUGUCAUCCAAAAAUAUACAAAAGAGAAGUCAAACCAAGAAACCCCGCACGAUGCGAUGUGUUAGGAAUCUUCUUCUUCGUUUGCCACGGUGCAUUUCAUUCGCACGAUGCCAUCACCGAGUCCACACUCGAUCACGUCACCGGGACCGACGGGACCGGCACCGGCCGGUGUUCCCGUCAGCAGAAGAUCGUUCUCCUCGAGUGUCAUGAAGCGGGACGUGUACGAGAUCAGCUCAGCGAUUGGGAAGAUCAGAUUGGCCGUAGUGUCGUCCUGUUUGCGCGCCCCGUUCACAUCGCACCAGACGCGCACCGAGACCGGAUCCGGCAGCUCUUCGCGGGUGACGUAUCGGCUGACCGGUGUCGAAGUGUCGAAACCUUUCCCCAAACA